ACUGACGACAAAUUAGCAGCCUUCGUAACUCGUGGAUACUCGUCGAUUGUUUCCAUAGUAGUAUAGCGCGUAACAGCAGCAACAAGUCGAACGUCGAUCGGCCACCGUGGUACACACACGAUACAUAUUAUAUUAACGCGUUCACGGUUUGAUAUUAUUAUACCGCGAUGACCAAUGAUCGAUGACAAUAUAUUAUUAUAUGUUUUUUUAAUUUCGUAUAUCCCGUACGUGACCGUGGUAUGAGCAACCGGGGAUACUGAAAAGCUACCUUUUAUACUAGCUCAAUAUUAUACAAUAUUGUAUACAUUUCGAGAAGACGUCGUGCGACUAGGAAUACAACAUAACACUUAAUAUCGUUGUACACCGGUCACGAUUAGUAUAGUUACAUACUAAGGGACAUUUUCGUGACGACUCGACUGAUUCAACUCGUGAUUUAAAAAUAUAUCGUUGUAUACCCACUACAGCAUUUGAUUGGUGAAGACGAUUUCGAACUAUGUCAUAAGUCGAAUGACUUUUCCAAAUUUCGGAAUCCAUUACUGCACCAUGUACCCGGCAAAUCGUCGUGAUUUCGGACGAAAGAUAUUCGGACGACAUGUUUGAAUCAGAAUCCAAGUGUACUUUUCUGUCGGACAUAUUCGAUUUAACCCAUAGCCACGUUUGAUCACUGUCCCAGACAACCCCGAAAACACAAUGACCUACGAUACUAGCGGGGUAAAACGCGAGAAGUCGUCGCCACCAGAAGACAACCACGAAUCAUGGCAGGCCAUGAGCAUCAUGUCAAAAGCCAAAUUCAUGCUGAAACAUUGCACGGUGGAGCCGAUGUUGGGAUGCUAUAUAGUGUCCAGCGUGCUGGCGUCGCUCGCCACACAGAAUCUGAACUUGCAGAAGGCGUGCCGGGUGAACCUCCAGCUGGACAACUCCACAUGCUCGGCGCUGGAGAGUCGGACGAUGAAUAACUACACGAAGGAGGAUGAGGUGGUGGUGCAAGAACUGGUAGCUGACAUGAUAAUAUGGAAGACGAUCGUGCAGAGCAGUAUACCGUCGGUUCUAAUAAUAUUCAUCGGGUCGUGGAGCGACCGGAACCACAAGCGCAAGCCAUGCAUGCUGAUACCAAUCAUCGGUGAAUUCCUCACCAGCAUCGGCCUGUUGGUCUGUACUUACUAUUUUUACGAUCUCCCGAUGGAGGUGGCAGGGCUCGUGGAGUCCGUACCGCCAGCUAUGACUGGCGGAUGGAUGACCAUGUUCAUGGCCGUGUUCAGCUACGUUGGAGACGUGACUACGGUGAAAAUGCGAACGUUGAGAAUCGGUAUAGUGAACGUUUUCUGUUCCGUGGGUGUGCCCAUCGGUACCGCGUUAUCUGGUGUACUGUUCCGAGAACUCGGAUUUUAUGGCGUAUACAUCAUAGCCACAGUAUUAUACAUAUUUGCUUUUGUAUAUGGCAUGGUUUUCAUCAAGGAGACGAAACCAGAGAUAAGUAUUGAGAGUAAAGAGCCACCGAGGGACACGUCCUGUGUGGAUUUCCUCAAGGACUUUUUCAGUCUGAGCCAUAUUAAAGAAGCCGUCCGCGUGACAUUUAAAGAAGGACAGUACAACCGAAGACUAAGAAUUAUUGCUUUGAUGGUUGUCGUCAUCGUCGUAAUGGGCCCUUUGCAUGGUGAAAUGUCUGUGAUGUAUCUGUUUACACGUGUAAGAUUCAAUUGGGACGAAGUGAACUACAGUAUGUUUUCCACGUAUUCAAUGAUUACUAAUCUUGUAGGUACAAUGUUUUCGGUUGGAGUGUUCAGUCACAUGCUGCAAAUCGACGACGCCUUAAUUGGAGUAAUAUCAUGCAUGAGCAAAAUAUUGGCCGGAUUCGUUUACGCGUUUGCCACAACGGAUUUCGUAUUUUAUUUGGCACCACUUGUUGAUAUUGUAAACGGCACAUCAUUUAUCGCCAUGAGAUCGAUUAUUUCCAAGCUCGUACCGCCAGAUGAACUAGGAAAAGUGAACUCGCUGUUUGGCGUAUGUGAAGCUCUGGUGCCCCUUAUUUAUGGACCAAUGUACAGCGCUGUAUACAAGGCCACGCUGAAGACGGUUCCUGGAGCGUUUUUCUUACUCGGUGGCGCAUUAACUGCUCCUGCAGCUCUCAUAUUUCUGUGGAUGUACAAUGAACAUAAAAAGGAACGGAGAGAAAAAGAAGCAGAGAUCAGAGACGAAGAAAAGAAAUCUGAGGCGUUGAAGAAAAAAAAUAGUUUGGACUUCAGGAUAUCCUCGCACGACUUCGACUUGAAAACUAUAUUAGAUAGGCGGACACAGACUCACAGAGGUUCGGGACAAUUUUCAAGUCUAGGAUUGGACAACAUAGCAUUCCAGAUGGAAGAAGGAACUACCAAAGGCAAAUAAUCUUGACGAUUAACGAUAUAUGAUUGAGUAUUUUUUUUAUUCCUAAUGUCAUGAAGUCACGACUUCGUUCAUUCGUUCGUGUGUAAUAUGUGUACAUAAGUUAAGACGUCCGUGAAAAUUAACUGUACAAUAACUCUGUUUCAAAAUCAGUAACUUAAUGUCCAUAUUAUGAUUUUUAAUUCUCGCCUAUAAGUUGGUAUCGUCAUGGUAGAAAACAAAAUAUCUUCGUAUAUACGUUUAAUUUUUGCCCGUGUCUGGAAAAUUCAGCGUUAGGUUGUGGUACAAUUUCAUUUGAAAAUAUGACCAUUGUUUUCCUAGAUGUGAAUUAGUGUAUUAUACUUGUAGUCAUAAAUAAAGUCACCUGCAGGCGUCUAAAUGACGACCCCACUGACCCAAAUCAAAAUGUUGUAGAAUAUAAUAAUAUAUAUACUGUUAAUAAUUAUUUAGUCAGGCGAGUUAUAUAAUGUUAUACACUUGUACUAUUUAUAGUAUAUUGUCUUAUAGGCAUAAAAUACAGCUUUCCUAAUUUUUCCUGACUGACUUAAUAUCUAAAUUUUAAGUUACCCGUCUUUGUACAUGUAAAUAUACAUAAAUAUAUAAAUAUUCACGCAUAUACAUAAUUUUACAUUAGAGUUAUGUUUCAUAAUGUAUUUUCACCUCGAGGUAUUAAAAAUAAUUGAACUAUAUUGGUUCGGUUAAACAACAUAGAUUUAAGACAAUUAAUAUAGUUUUGACCUUAUUAUUUUUUUUUUGUUAAUAUUAAUUAUUAUGAAUAGAAACAUAAAUUUAUAUUAAUAAUUUAUUGUAUUCUGAGUUUUCUUAAUACCAUAUUUCAAAAACGAAAAGACCAGUAACCAAUACGGACUCUCCGAAGUACGAAUGUUAUAUUAGUAGGUGGUUUAAUAGUUUAGUAACAACUCUUUACUGUAACUUAUAAGUUUAUUUAGUAUAAAAUACAUAGAAAAAAAUUACAGCUAUAGAAUAGUAAUUUGAAAAUUGUAUAGAUGAGUAUAUUAUUAGUAAAUUACCAGAAAUACUAAAAUUUAAUUUUGUUUAAUAAGAUAUAUACGUGAUAAUAAACAAACUU